CGGUCGGUAAACGUAGAGCAAUCGUCCUCGUAAACAUUGGUUGGAGUGAAGUUGAAUUCAGUGAAAACGAGCUGUGUUUUGAAUAUAAUAAUAAUUAUUCUUCACGUCCAUUCAUUCGUGGAUUGUGCCAAAUGUAAAGGUACAUAUGAAUGAGAUUGAAUUCCUCCAGAAUCUGACGGAAACAGUUGCAAAUAAAGUAGUUUGAUAUAUUUUAUCAAUAAGGAUCACUUCAAUAUCAGUCAACACAGCGACUUAGAAUUUUUGUUCAGGUGCCCAGUUACAGCAUGAUCAUGGAACAACAAAAUACAACAUCUAAUGAGGAGAACAAACUAGAAGAACCCGGCGAUACCAAAACCUCUAUCCCGUUAAAGGUGUCCAGCUACAACAUGACUAUGGAGAAACAAAAUCCAAAAUCUGAUGAGGAGAUCAAACUGGAAGAACCAAUCGAAUUCAACACCUCUACCCCGUUAAAGGUAGAAGAAAUAGAAAUCAAACUGGAAGAACCCGUCGAAUUCAACACCUCUAUCCCGUUAAAGGUAGAAGAAAUAGAAAUCAAUACACUGACUGAACAAGAGUCCGGACAGUCGAUAUCAGAUGUCACUUGUUACAUCUGUGAGAGUUGCGGCAGAGAAUUCCCAUCUAUCUUCCUGCUUAACCAGCAUCGAUUGAAUCAUCCGUACAUAUGUGAUUUUUGCGGAAGAGAAUAUCGAUCGUUCGAACUUAUCAGAGAUCAUAUGAAAUAUCACAGGCAAAGAUCUAAAAAAUGUGACGCAUGUGGGAAGGCAUUUCCCACAAUUGGUCAGCUCAAUAAACAUAAGAAAAUUCACAUUGCUACUAAACCUUACAAUAGCUUCCCAGGUCCUUACAUAUGUGAUUUGUGCGGAAAAAGAUAUCGCAAGCUGAAUCAGAUCAGAGUCCACAUGCAAUCUCACAAGGAAAAAUCGCAAAAAUGUGACGUGUGUGGGAAGGCAUUUGUCGCGGUCAGUCAUCUAUUGAUACAUAAGAAAUUUCACUCGAAUGAUAGACCACACAUAUGUAACGUGUGUGGAAAGGCAUUUUAUAUACGCAGUACGCUGAAUAGGCAUACGGUUACUCACUCGAGUGAGAAACAAAUGAAAUGUAAAGUUUGUGACAAACUAUUCGCUACGUCCUGGAAUUUCGCGAUCCAGAAUGGUAUAGACAUGAACACGAAUGAAUUUUCUGACUGUAGCAAACAUGGGACCCUUCGCCUCAUUAGUACAGAAUGUGAUAUAUGUGGAAAAGAAUAUCGUAAGCUCAAAGAUCUAAACGUACAUAAGAAAAGCCACAAUGUAAGAUCGCACAAAUGCGACGUGUGUGAGAAAGCAUUCACCAGCAUCGGACCGCUCAAUCAACAUAAGAAAAUUCACUCGAAUGAAAAAUUAUAUGUAUGUGAAUUGUGUGGAAAGAGAUUUCGCAUCCAGAGGUUGCUCACAGCUCAUACGCUUAUUCAUACCAACGAGAAACCAUUCAAGUGUGAAGUGUGUGAAAAGUCCUUUUAUAUGCAGUAUCAACUCAAAUCCCAUAAGCGUGUGCACACAGAGCAACUGAAGUACGAAUGUGAAGUGUGUGGUAAGAACUUUGCGUUUUCACAUGGCUUGGAAAACCACUGGACUAUUCACACAGACGAAAAGCCGUACGCAUGUGAAAUAUGUGGAAAAAAGUUUCGCCUCAAAACUUCCCUAAAGAAUCACAUGUAUACUCACUCAAAAGAAAAACCGCACAAAUGUGACGUGUGUGGAAAAGGAUUUGGCCUCAAAAAUGACCUCAAAAUUCAUAUGUAUAUUCACACAAAUCAAAAACCGUUCAAAUGUGAAGUUUGUGGCGCAGAAUUUCGCCUGAAAAUUGUCCUGAAAAGACAUAUGAAUGUUCACGCAUAUCCAAACCCGCACAAAAACGAAGUAUGCGGAAAAGAAUUUCGCGAAAAUCAGGUUCUGCAAACCCAUAUUAGAAAUGGUCAUACGAACAAAACACCGCCCAAAUGUGAUGUAUGUGGAAAAGAAUUUCGCGACAAUAGUGCCCUCAAAAGGCACACCAUUGUUCACACGAAGGAAAAACCGUACAAAUGUGACGUUUGUGGGAAAAAGUUUCGUGAUAAGUACUUCCUCAAAACCCAUCUGUAUAUUCACACAAAUGAUGAACCGCACCAUUGUGAAGUAUGUGGUAAAAAAUUUUGUCGCGGGUAUCUCCUCAAAUCCCAUAUGUAUGUUCACACAAACGAGAAACCGUUCAAAUGUCAUGUGUGUGGAAAAGAAUAUCGCGUAAAAAGGAGUCUCAAGAAACACAGUUGUUCUAACAAUCGAAAAGAGGAACAAAUGUGAAGCUGGUGGAAGAGAAUGUUAUGAAAAGUACUUGAAAGCCAGUCUACAUAUUCACACGAAUGAAGAACCUCGCAAAUCUGAAGUGGGUUUAAAAUAAAUGCAAAAAUUGUGAGGAAUAAAGCCUAGACGUAUGAGGCAUACCGUAAAGAGUCCAACCAUAGAAUAAAUUUAAUUUAUUUUAGGCUUGGUGAAUACCGGCUUUCCAUGUCUCAUCAGUGUUUGUAUUUGUUAUCUGAUCACAAGGCCAUCUGCGAUUAAUUGUUCUACGUAUACAACUAUGAAGCGAAUGAGUAAAUGGACGAAGACAACAUUUGGGAUAAAUUUUUACGUUUCAUAACGCAGAAGCUAUCAUCAACUUAUCUCCACCAGUGUUCUGGUGGUUUUUUCGUUGAAACAUUCCUCCAGAUUUGCCAUGAAUAAUUCACAUAGAAAUGAAGAGAGCGGUCUGCCCAUUGCAGCGCCUUUAGUUUGUUUAUAGAAGACCCCAAAAUGAGAAAAAAAAUUUCUUCCAUGCAAAGGCGUGUGUUUCCUAAAGCUCUUUCUUUGCUUUUCCACGGAUUAUUACCGUUUUGCUAGUCACCAAUCGUCUAGAAGGGUAUUUUUUCUUGGGGGAAUUAGGCGGCAGCUUUUUGUAAUCUUUUUAAUAAAAUGCUAUUUAAUAGAGUAAGAAAAA